AUGAGCCACAAUCUCUGGCGUUACCUUCUCGAAGACGAUGUCGAUACCUUUCGACAAUAUCUGGCGGCGGCCACCUUUGCCUCCAGUGCUCCGAAGACUUCUGCUGGUGGCCAAAUGGGAGGUCCUUCUCUAAGGAUCGGAAGCCCAGGAAAUCUAGCUGUCUCCCCAAAGACCCCAUCAAAGUCUCGAAAGAGUUCGGGAAACACUCCAACAGGCGCACAAUCUGGAAAGAAUGCCGGAUUGAUUCUUACCAGAGCUGAGGUAAACACGAAAGAUAGCUUCGGAAGAACAAUUCUUCAUCAUGCCGCCUCGUCGCGGUCUGAAGACGCGCUGGCUUUCGUCAAGGCCUUAUUGGAAAUGCCAUUCCUGGAUUUGUAUGCGCAGGAUAUGGAAAGUGGAUGGACUCCUCUCCAUCGAGCGUUGUAUUUCGGCCGUAUUUCUAUUGCGCGUGCUCUGAUGGCCCGAGACAUCCAGGACGCCACAGACUAUACCACCAACACUCAACACACGCACGCUGGAGGAUUGGUCAAAAUCAAGGAUCACGAAGGCAACAGUCCCUUUGAGGUUUUUGGUCUGACUAUCGCGCCUCGUUCUCUUCAGCAUGAUUCGCCGACCCUGCGCCCCGGUCUGCAAGACGAUGAUAGCACCAAUGGCAUGGACGACAAUGAAGAAGGCCCCGAUCAUCGCAGACCCAAGCGCCACGUCAACCCCUCUAUCGACCUUGCCGGUGAUGAGGUUUUCGCGUUUGGCAGCAACAAAAAUCUCUCGCUGGGGCUUGGAGAUGGGGAUGAUAGACACUUCCCCGAGCGACUUCAAUUUACUCGACCGGAUCAUUUGCUCCAUCGUCUUCUGGACGACCACCGUGUUGCAAGACAGAAAUCCAUGCCUCACGAAGAUCUUGCAAACAGCAUUGGAGACAUCCGGUCGCAAAGUGAUUUGCCCGCCGUUAUCUGCAAUCGACCAAUCACGAUUCAAAAUGUGGUUAUGUCAAAGCUUCACACUGCCGUUCUGACAAACGAUCCUAUCUCUAAUCUCUACAUGUGUGGCUUUGGUCCUGGUGGUCGUCUCGGUACCGGCGACCAAAACACCUCUUUCACAUAUCGCUGUAUUCAGGCUGGUGGUCUCGCCAAACGCCGCAUUUCGGCAAUCGCCCUUGGGCAAGACCAUUCCGUGGCGGUCUGCUCUCAGGGUGAAGUCUUCACCUGGGGAAGUAAUCGGUAUGGUCAGUUGGGCUACUCACUUCCGGAGGUGCCCAAGACCGAGAUUCCAAUGCAGCUGACACCACGCCAACUGUACGGGUACAUCAAGAAGGAACCCAUCACGGGUGCCGCCGCUUCGGCGAUUCAUUCAGCUGUGUAUACCACAUCGGCCUUGUACACAUUCGGCAAAAACGAGGGUCAGCUUGGCUUGAUGGAUGCGGAUGCGCGGUCGCUAGAGGUCCAAGUGUUACCACGUCGGGUCGGUGUCUCGGUCCUGCAGUCUCCCAUUCAACUGGUAACGGCCAUUGACCGUGCCACCAUUGUGUUGCUUGAAAAUCACGAUGUGAUUGUCUUCACCCAUUAUGGUUGGACCAAAAUUCUGUUCCCGUUGGAGACUUUCACCAAUUACUAUAUGUCCGACCAUGUAUCGACAAGACCCAAUGUUGAAUCCAACUAUAUCAACAAUAUCACAAGUGGCGGGAAUACGAUUUGUGCCAUGUCUUCUUUUGGAGAGGUAUAUUCUAUUGAAGUUCCCAAGGUAUCAGAAACCCUGCCGUCAAACAUGUCGACAACGAAUCCUACCAAAGCCCGUAACGCUCUGCCUCAGCCUACACGUCUGUGGUCGAUUCGAAAAGCCCACAUGUCGGCAAUUGAUGUUGCUGUCGGACAAGACGGUUCGAUCAUUCUCUGCACGACUUCGGGAUCAGUGUGGCGAAAAGAAAAGCGGGCAAACACCAAGAUAGUUCGGGAAGUGAAUACUGGCACCGCACGACCGAAAGACUAUAAAUUUGUCAGGAUUCCCAACUUAACUGGCGCAAUCGCUGUCAGAAGUAACGCUUUUGGAGCCUUCACGGCUGUGCGGAAAGACAGUACCGUAACACGCGACCAGAUUGUACCUGAUCCUCCGUCCCUCUGGAACGAUGUACUCGGACUCCUCCCUUUCGCCCAAUAUGGCACGACGAAGGGAAUUGCUGAACAUGACGUCGAUCCUGCCCAAAUUUCUCGGGCUCUCAUAACCACGCCAACGGCGGAACGAGAUAUAUUGAAUACCUGCAAGCGUUACGGGCCUCUAUCUAACAGCCAAUAUGAUCUCUGGAUCACUUCCCACGUGACUGACGUUCGCAUUCCCGUGCACUCAUUCAUGCUCAAGGGGCGGAGCCGCGUUAUGCGCAACGCGCUGACGCAAUUCCAGGAGACGUAUUACUUCUCCAUCCCCGAUGUCAUGGCAAUUGAAUAUGGGCAAGAUGGUCAAAUACAAGUAUCUUUCCCGGGUGCCGACUUCUUGACUCUCCUUAAUCUCAUCUUCUACCUAUAUACCGACAAUGUCGUCGAUGUUUGGCACGAUACCUCAAGGGCGUCAGGGUCUGCAGCACGGUACAGAUCCGUUCGAAUUGAGCUUAUGAAGAUCGCCGCUCACCUUGAGCUUCGACAAUUGGAGCAGGCUGUCAGGACCAUGAUUGAUCCGGUUCGGAGCCUCACCACCGAUAUGGAGCGUGCGGUCGUCGAUGUGGACUUUUUCUCCGAUGCCGAUGUGAUAAUUGAACUUGCAGAUGGGGUUGAAGUGCCCGCGCAUAGCGUGGUUCUUUGCACGCGUUGUCCGUUCUUCGAUAGCCUGUUCAAUGGGCGAGCCGGUGGAAGGUGGAUGGCCUCACGACGCGGCACCGCCGAGGACGAGUCCGAGGCUGUGAGGGUGGAUCUCAAACAUAUCGACGAGCGAACCUUCGGCAUGCUUUUGCGACACCUCUAUGCUGACACUGGGGAAGAACUGUUUGAUGAUAUUGUUGCCAAGAGCCUGGAUGAAUUCAUCGAUCUUGUCAUCGAGCUCAUGUCUGCUGCGAAUGAACUCAUGCUCGACCGACUGGCACAGAUCUGUCAACAGACUCUCGGCAAAUAUGUCAAUGUCAGAAAUGUCUGUUCGCUGCUCAACACCGUUGCGGAAUGUUCCGUGGACAGCUUCAAACGGGCCGCUCUCGAGUAUAUCUGUCUCAACCUUGAAGGGAUGCUGGAAAUGGGACUGCUGGACGAAUUAGACGAAGAUCUUUUUGCCGAGCUCGACGAGGUUGUUCAAGCCAACCAAUUAGCAUUUCUUCCAUUUGCUCGAAGUGCACGCGCCGAGACGGAACUACUGGAAAAUCAUCCCGACCUCCCCAGCCAGAUUGAGGCAGGAAAACAGAGGAGAAUCGACUCGAUGAGGCUAAGAUCCAGACUGGCCGAGGACGAAGAGCGCCAUGUCGCCGCCUCCAAAUUCCGGAUCGGCAGCCUCGAACGCCAGACAUCGUCACCUCCUACCAGAAGUCAGCGCCCGACUGGAGUGGAUGGGUCGCCAGUAAGCAAACCCACCUCCAGUCCGGCAGUCGUAGCAAAUGAUGCCGGAGACGAUUUACCAUUCGACAUGGAUGAUGAUGAUGAUGACAAUCCACGCCUUCCGCCUGCCGCAGCACAUGAACCCACACCGUCUUCUGUCGCGCGGUCUUCAUCGUUUGGAGAGAAUGCUGCUCCCGAACCAUCUAGUGCUGGAUCAUUGCUGUCCGUGGGGACUCCACACAUGGAAUUUGCGAGCUUGCACCGGUCCAAUCCAGCCAGUUCGGUGAAUGGGGGCGGUUUGGUGCAACCAAUCAGUGGGUUGGAACUGGCCAAAGCAGCGUGGCAAAUGCCGGCUCAAAGUGUGAGGAAGCUCGAUUUCAAGGACAUAAUGGAGCAAGCAUCAGCCUCUCGUGUGUCAAAUCUGACGCAAGCCAUGCAAACGGCUUCAACUCGACCAAAAGCCGCAGCUAAGGUUUCUCAGAAGGAGCGGAAGCGACAACAGCAGCAAGUCAAAGAGCAUGAGACCAAGCUAUCACAAUCGGCUACUUUGUCGGAAACCUCAGCCGCAAAGACGCCUUCCUCACCGUGGCAAAUAGUCGCUCCAUCGCCCAGACCCGGACUUUCGUCGAUCAGUCAGCCCACAGACACAGAGGCUCCCAAAGCAGCUCCGAUCAAGCAAGCGAUGACCAUGCGUCAGACUGUGGCCGGUGGUUCACCAAGUGCCCACCCCUCAACAGGUCUGACGGCACCUUCCAAACCAGCAGCACCUCAGAUUCAAUCGAUUCGGCACACUCCCUUAUCGUCUCGAACAGUGUCGGCGAUCGAUGCACGGACGUCAAUGGCGGAGAUUCUGGCACAGCAGCAGACGGAAAAGACGGCAGUCAGGGAAGCAGUUGCAAAGAGAUCAUUACAAGACAUUCAACAGGAACAAGAAUUUCAAGAAUGGUGGGAUAAUGAAAGUCGACGAGUACAAGAGGAAGAGGCCCAGGCGAGUGCCGCCGCAGCUCGUCGUGGAAAAGGAGGUCGUGGCCGAGGCGGACAUCGUCGGGGCAGUGGGAGAGGCAAAGCAACAUCUGGGACGGCGGUGAGUGGCCGGGAGAGAACACCGGCGAUGUCGCUGACGACAUACGAGGAUUCUGGCCGUGGAAAUGGUAGCCAGCGUGGCAGUGGAGGAGGUCGAGGGAGGGGGCCAAGGCAACAUGCAUCUACGAGGGACAAGGCAUCAAUGAUAGAUCAGGAGCAAUGA